GCCUCUACCAAAACCCAUCCCUCAAACAUUCCCUCUCUCUUCCCCUCUCCUGCCGAGUUGCUUCUGUACCUCUCCCCUUCAUCAUCCUGUCCCUCUGUUCUGUCCUGUCCUUUUCCACAUCGCUUCAGCGUUCACCAGACAGUCCUUCAGCCCAUCAGAGUCACUCUCUUGUGUGCUCUUAUCCCUCUCCGUUGUGGGCACCCGUCCCCGUCCAGUUCCGUUUUCCUGUCCUUCCCUGACCCAAGAAAUAAGUCUUACGUCAAAUCGAGCCUGCCUUCCGCAACCUCGACUUAUCUGCCUGCGCCCAUAUUGCGCAGUCUGUGGUUGCAAUCACUACCGAGCCCCUCGAGUUGUUAUUGCCAUUGCGACGGCCAUCAGCUCAACGCUACAACAUCACCUUCGUCGAGCGAUUCCUCACGUUGUCACUGACACCGCCUUGUCACUCCACCCACCACUGCACCCCGGCCCGCAGGCUCUCGACUCGACUGUCGACCGCAAUACGCAACUGAUUAGGAUUCGUGACCAUCUUUCGUCCAACAUUCGAGAUUCGCUGAAUCUACAAAACUCUCAAGGGCGUCAAGAGCCGGCUUCGGUAUAUCUCUCGGCACCGUUCGAGCUCCGUCUGCUGUCCCUCCUUGUGCACGGAUUCACCGAGGAUAUCAUUACUUCCCUCUUUCUUCCCUUUCGAGGGCCUCCCCCGGGCCGGCCAGCCUUAAACCGAGUAAGAGCUAGGAAACACAGCUACUCACUGAGAACAUCUCCACAAUGGCACAGCCAGGCUCAUCUGGUGUGCCCGGCCCUGCAGGGCGCAGACUUCAUAUCGCCCAUCGACGCAGUCCGUCCGAGCUCACUCCGCUCAUGAUGGAACAACUGGCUCUUCAGCAACAGAUCGAGUUAUUACAACAGCAACAACAACAAAUCGCUGCUACUCAUCAGCAGUACGUCAACAUGGGCAUGAUCCAACAGCCCUUGCAAGGUAUGCCUACCUACUCUCCCAUUCAAGGGCAACCCAAUCUUUCCGGAAUCUCACCCAACAACACCAAUUUUCAAUUCCCCCAAAUCCAGCAGCAAAUGGCUAUGCAAGCAAAUGCUCCUGCACAGCCCGGUGCUCACCGCAGAAAUCAAUCCGCGCUUCCGGGUAUGGCCAUGGGUCCUCCCCCAGCACCAUCCGCUGGCACUGCCGGCGCUGCCUACGGCGACUUCAACCAGCAGGCAAUGGGCCAGAACCGUGAAAACACCAGCGGUCGUGGCGGAAGAGGAGGUUCUGCACAAAGUGGACAUACUCGACGUCAUUCGUUAGCUCUUCCCGAGGCAAAGAAGGCCGCUGAACUCGCAGAAAAGAAGCGGACUGCUGCUGGGUUCCAGUUCCCCAUUCCAGGAGCCGGAGGUAUCGCGGAGAGCCCUGUUGCGGCUACUCCUGCCGAUGACCGAUUGAACACUCCCAUCACUCCCGGCGGAGGCCUAGGCCUGCAGCGUGCUGGCAACGCACGUAUGGUCGGUCACAGUCGAAGCCAGAGUAUGGCUGCUGGCGGUGUCCGGGGAGGAGGUGCGGCUGGUCGUGGAGGCGGUGCAUUUCAGUUUCCAACCCAGGGUGAUGCUGGUGCAGGUAACCAGUCAGACCUGCAGCGUCGUGGUAGCCAAAGCAAUCACACGAGACAGGGAUCCCGCAACUUUGAAGGCAAUUGGCGUCAGCAGAAUAAUCAGCAGACGACAGAGCAGUCGCCUCAACAGAUGGGUCAAUUCAGCCAACCGCAGGCUAUGGGCGGUGGAAACUUCCAGCCAGGCCAUCGCGGGCGAGGAUCAAUGAACCAGUCCAUCGGCUCUAUGAGCGGAUUUCAAUAUCCCGGCCAGCCACAGCUGGUGCAACUCCCUCAAGGCCAAAUGAUGAUGGCACCUCAGAUGUUCGCUGGCCAGCAACUGAACGCCUUGCAGAUCGCUCAGCUCCAGGCAAUGCAAGGUGCACAGCUUGGUGGUCUUCAGGCCAGUCAGCAUGCUCCUCCGAUGGGCUUGCAACAGCAGCAACAGCAGCGAAAGACGCUGUUCACGCCUUACCUCCCUCAGGCCACGCUCCCUGCGUUGCUCAAUGACGGCCAGCUGGUUGCGGGUAUCCUCCGAGUGAACAAGAAGAACCGGUCUGACGCCUAUGUCACCACAAACGAUCUCGAUGCAGACAUCUUCAUUUGUGGUAGCAAAGACAGGAAUCGUGCUCUUGAGGGCGAUUUGGUUGCGAUCGAACUGCUUGACGUCGAUGAAGUCUGGGGCCAGAAGCGCGAGAAAGAAGAAAAGAAGAAACGCAAGGACAUCACCGACACUCGCUCGUCGGGUAAUACCCAAAAUGGCAAGAGUGAUACGGCGUCGACCUCUGACACUACCUCGAUUGCGCCAGAUGGUAGCAUCCGACGACGUGGCAGCUUGCGUCAGCGUCCAACGCAGAAGAAAAAUGAUGAUGUCGAGGUCGAAGGCCAGAGCUUGUUGCUGAUGGAAGAAGAAGAAAUCAGCGAUGAACAGAAGCCUCUCUACGCAGGUCACGUUGUCGCUGUUAUUGAGCGCGUCGCCGGGCAAAUGUUUUCGGGCACUCUGGGUCUACUUCGACCAAGUAGUCAAGCCACGAAGGAGAAGCAGGAAGCUGAGCGUCAGGCACGGGAUGGGGGCCAUUCACGAUCCGAAUCUCGCGCACAGGACAAGCCGAAGAUCGUGUGGUUCAAACCCACCGACAAGCGUGUACCCUUGAUCGCCAUCCCUACAGAACAAGCCCCCCGAGACUUUGUGGACAAACAUAUGGACUACGCCAACAGAAUUUUUGUGGCCUGUAUCAAGCGUUGGCCGAUUACCUCCCUGCAUCCGUUCGGUACUCUGGUUGAACAGUUGGGUGAGAUGGGAGAUCUUCGCGUCGAGACAGACGCCUUGCUCCGCGACAACAACUUCGGGUCUGAUGAGUUCUCUGAUGCCGUGCUGAAGAGUGUUGGGUGGGAUGACUGGUCGCUGAAGGCUGAGGGUGAGGAGAGUUUAGCCGCACGCCUCGACCUCCGCAAUGAGCGAACUUUCACCAUUGACCCUAACGGCACCAACGAGCUCGACGACGCCCUCCACAUCAAGCAACUUGACAAUGGUUUAGUCGAGCUUGGCAUUCAUGUCACGGAUAUCGCACAUUUUGUCAAGGCGAACUCAUUGGUUGACCGAGAAGCCAAGAAACGGGGGACUGGCGUUUAUUUGAUGACCAGAGCCGUCAACAUGCUCCCAUCGAAACUGUCAGCAGACAUCUGCUCGCUGGUUCCAGGCGAGGGCCGUCUAACCGUCAGUGUCGUCUUCAAAGUCAAUACUGAGACAGGACAGAUCGAAGGGGAGCCUUUCAUCGGCAAAUCUAUCAUUCAGAGCUCUGGCAAGCUCGGAUACCGUGCAAUUGAUGCUGUCGUCAAGGGAGGCGAGCAUCCUGAAUUGAACGGGCCCACAGUCGAGGACAUCAAGACUUUGCACAAGAUUGCCAGCAAAUUCCGAGAAGCUCGCUUUGGCAACCGGUCUGCAAACAUUGCCCCUCUUCGCUUGCUUUAUCAGCUCGAUGACGAGAAUAUCCCCGUUGAGCAGAAUAUCUUCAACACAUCUGCUGCUCACGAGAUCAUGGAGGAGAUUAGCUGCAAAGCCAACUUCUUUGUUGCGCAGAAGAUUUUCGCUGCCAUGCCUGACAAGGCGUUUUUGAGAAGACAAUCACCUCCCAACCCGCGACGACUCCUGACGUUCGUCGAUCGUAUGACCCGAGCUGGCUAUGAUAUUGACAGCUCCAGCAGUGGAAGCUUGCAGAACAGUCUCUUCAAAGUGGGAGAUCCAGAUCUGCGCAAGGGCAUGGAAACUCUGUUGGUCAAGACUUUGCAACGUGCCAAAUAUUACAUCGGUGAACAAGUUGCGGAGGAGCAGCGCCAGCACUAUGCCCUCAACCUACCUCUUUACACCCACUUCACCAACCCUUCGCGCCGAUAUGCCGACAUUGUCGUCCACCGGCAGCUGGAGGCUGCUCUUUCCAAUGGUGCUGUCGAGUUCAACGAAGACAUGGAGAGCUUGGCCAAAACCGCCGAGCAAUGCAACAACAAGAAAGACUCUGCUCAUUGCGCCCAGGAACAGAGCGUCCAUAUCGAAUCUUGCCGACUCAUGGACAAGAAAUGCAAAGAAAUGGGCGGCGACCUCAUUAGUGAGGGUGUUGUUAUCUGCGUCUACGAGUCUGCAUUCGAUGUCCUUAUCCCAGAAUACGGUUUCGAAAAACGUGUGCACUGCGAUCAGCUUCCCUUGAAAAAGGCCGAGUUCCGCAAGGAAGAACGAGUACUCGAACUUUACUGGGAGAAAGGGGUCCCGUCAUCAGCCUACAUUCCUGAGGACGAGAGACCCCGUGCCUCAGGCAGUACUAGAGGCACGAACGGUGCGACCGAGUCCGCUCGAGAACGGGCCAAGGAACGAUACGAAUCCCAACGCAAGCAGACUGACAGCAACACCAUGUCGACCGACGAUGUUGAUGCGCUCUUUGAUGACGAAGACAGUGCAUCAGAAAUCACCGAGAUGGCUGCCGGUGUGUCUCUAAAUUCGCCAGUCGAGCGAUCGUCUCAGAGCAUGCCACCGUCUCCAGCCCGUAACGGCGGUUUGAGCCAAACACCAGCCAGAACGCAAUCCGAGUCAAAGAUAGUCAAGCCAAUUGGCGACAUUCCCGAGAAUAACCUGACCGACAAGGAGAAGUAUCUCAGCUACUUCAAACUCCGGGAAGAGGGUGGUGAAUACAUUCAGGAUGUGACAGAAAUGACUCGAGUGCCCGUCAUUUUGAAGACUGACCUGACGAAGAGUCCACCAUGCUUGACUAUCCGGUCCAUGAAUCCGUAUGCAUUGUAGUUAAUGCAUAAUUACCAAGUAAUUACCCUCAGAGAUAACAAAUCAACACCAAGCAGGCGAUCGGUCUUUACAGAGUGGGAAGGUCUAUUAGGUCCAAAGCAUCAACAACAAGGCGGCCGACAGUGUGGACAACACAUCUUGCAUCGAUUGAGUUGGAGCUGCAUUGGUAGCUGGACACGCAGUCGGCGGCCAGUGGUAUUUGGGGGAGGCUGACAUCGAUGGCGGGAGAAUGCAAACAACCUCUUUGGUGAUGGGACUGAGAAGAGAGACUGGACCUGAACCCGAACUCCAACCAUCACCCAGCAUGUACGAGUGGCACAGCACGAAACAUCCGUCAAGGCCUGAGCGAGCGUUUGUCCGGAAGAAGAACACGCGAACAGGUCCAGGGGCCAAAUCGUGUGUCUCUGGAGUCAGAGUGCCUAUUGAGCGUAGUAUGAAUACAAAAAGUUUUUCUAUGUUGA